GGUUGAAUUGGGGGGGGACGCGGGGGGACUGAGUCCCACUUCUAUUUUAAAAAUAUUUUAGCGUACCCCUUCUAAUUUCUCUUAAUGGGACGCUGGGGACGGGAAUCAUUUUAAAAAUUGUACUAAAUUAAUGGAAAUAUUUUUUAUUUUAUUUUAAUGUUGUUGUUUAUCACUGUUAUCACUUAUCACCUAUCAGUGCAAAAAGAAUAACGAUCAUGAUUUGUGGCUAAAAUAUAAUAUGAUAAAGGUAUAAUGUUGAUAACAGAUGAAUUCAAUAAAUUUAUUUAUAGAAUAUAAAUAAUCACCGCUGCAUUAUGACUGGGAACCGUCCGUCCGUCCAGCUAAUGCUUAAUAGCUACACGACGCUGAUAACGCGACGUCCUGUCAAUUGUAUUUAUUAAUUUUUUCCGUAUUCGUCAUUAAAACCUUAUUGUAAUAAAAGUUAAAAUAUUUAUAUACUGUCGUAUUGUUACCAUUGUCGUUCGUCACCACUUACCUUCAAAAAUUGGUUAUUAAAUAUUUUAAUUAAGUACUUUGUAAUUCAUUAUUGAAGAAAAUGAGUGGAAAUAAACGCAGUGCUUCCACUUUUCUUUCAUAUUUCUCAAAGAAAAACAAAUUAAAAGAUACAGUGGAUCUAACAGAACAACUUUCGAAUAAUCCAGAACCAAUACAGUUGUUAAAAUCACAGCCACAAAAUAACCAGGACCACCUGAAUACAUUGUCUUCUGAGGCUUCUAGUGAUUGCACUAAUCUUCAACCAAAAGAGGAAGUGAGUGUACAAACCCUUGAAACAGUUGAUGAAGAAUUAUUAACUCUAGAACCACCAGAUUGUUGGGAAAAUAAACAAGUUAAAUAUUUUACAGAGGAGUAUUCAUGGCUAUUUUUUAAUAAAAAAAAAUUAGGUUGUACAAUAUGCAAAAAUGUUAAUCAUAAUCUCACAAAACAUCAAGGUACACAUAGUUCCAAAGAAUGGGUAAAUGGAAAUAUUACUCCAGUUGGUAAUGAUGUAGGAAAACAGCAAUCAAGUCUACGAAAAAAAAUUGCAAAACAUAAAUCUUCACAAACUCAUUUAAAUGCUGAACGUACUUAUGAAAAACAGUUAAUGGAAAUUAUGCCAGCCCAAGUAUUGAAAACUACUAACAUAGACAUUGAAAGUACAAAAAGAAUUUUUAGAACUGCGUAUUCCAUCGCGAAGAAUCAAAGGCCGUAUGUUGACAUGCCAAAACUAGUGGACCUUCAAAUAAUGAAUGGUCUAUCUAUGGGGAGAGUUCUUCAAACCAAUAAGUCAUGUAGUACUAUUAUUGACCAUAUAUGUUUUGAAAUGAGAAAAAAAUUGUGUUCUGACUUAUUAGAAAAUAAAAGAAAGAUUUGUAUAAUUGUUGAUGAAUCUACAACAUUGAGUCAGAAAACUAUGCUAGUUAUCUGUUUGAGAGCUGCUGUAGUAAAUAAUAAUGAAGUUAUUACAUUUUUCUUUAACAUCAUUGAAGUAGAAAGUACAUCUGCUGACUGUAUUAGGAAAGCUAUUUUAGUUGAUCUUUCAAAGUAUGGAUUAAAUGAGGAUUUUUUAAAAGAAAACUUGAUAGCUUUUGUUAGCGAUGGUGCGUCUAAUAUGCUGGGUAGAAUUUCUGGUGUUGGUACUCAACUACAAAAAACAUUCCCCGAUAUUAUAGUAUGGCAUUGCUGUAAUCAUCGUUUAGAGUUGGCCGUAUCUGAUACUUUAAAAGAAAUCCAUGGUACAAAUCACUUCCAAUCAUUUAUAGAAAAGUUAUAUGCAAUAUACCACCAAUCACCUAAGAAUAUGUAUGAACUUAGGAUGUGUGCUACUUCAUUAGAACAAAAAUUACUACAUAUUGGAAAAAUUUUUACAAUCAGGUGGGUGGCAUCCAGCAAGACAACUUUAAAAGCUGUUUGGAACAAUUAUGUAGCAUUGUAUAACCAUUUUACAAAUGCUUCUAAUGAUACAAAGAGAGAAUCAAAAGAAAGAUCCAAGUAUAUAGGACUCAGACGAAUUCUAACAGCAGUAGAAUUUGUUAUCAACCUAGGAAUCAUGUACGAUGGAUUAUCUGAACUUUCUGACUUGUCGUUGCAGUUACAAGAUCGAGGUUUGUCGCUUUCAACUGCAAAUAGUUGUAUAGAACGUACAAUUCGCAUUUUUGAUUCUAUGUCAAAUACAUAUGGACCAAAAACUAAAGAAGUAUUGAAAGCUGGUGAUUUAUUGAAGUUUAAGGAUGUACCAUUAACGAUAAAUAAAUCAGUACCAAAAAUUGACCCUGGACAGUUCUUUACAAGCCUUGCUAACAAUAUGCGUUCAAGACUUUUCACAACUCAAGCAACGCAUGUAUCAAAAAAUAAAAAUGAAUUUAAAGAUCAAUUUGAAAAUAUUCUUAAAGAUUUGAAUGUAUUAGAUCCCAAUAACUGGCCAGAUAAUAUUGAUAUCCAAUAUGGUGACGAUAGCAUUAGAAGACUGGCAAAUAAGUUUCACUUAAAUGAAGUAUCCACAAUUCGAGGAUUUAGAGAAUUUAAAGACUUGAAAGAUUCCUCAAAAAUACCAACAUUAAACCCACUUUUAACUGCAAUUUCAACUAUUGCUGUAUCUUCAUCUGAAUGUGAAAGAUCAUUUAGUUCCAUGAACAACAUAAUAACGCCUAAAAGAAACGUACUAACUUCUGAACACAUAGCAUCAUUAGUGUUUAUUAGUUGUGUUGGACCACCUGUUCAAUUGUUUAAACCAGACCACUAUGUAAAAAGUUGGAUUAAAACGGGUAAAAGAAGUGCAGAAAAAACAAGAUGUCCAAAACGAGACGAACAUGACAUAGAUCAUUCCUAUAAACAUUUAUGGGCAUAUUUAAAUUUAUAAAACA